AUGGGGGAACCCGGCCACCGACGAACUCACCGCCGCCGUCGGAGGGAGAAUCCGGGGAUGAACCGGGCCUGGUGCUGCUCGUUCGGCGUCGUGCUGCAGAGCCACGAGAACCGCGGGGCUCCGGUGAUCCGCCGUAGUGACUGCGGCCAAGAGCCGCCGUUGAAACCCCGGAAACCCUCAUCUGCCUCCUCGUUCCACAGCUCGCCUUCCCCCAGCUCCAAGAUGAGCUUAGGGUUCAUGGAUCCUCGUCGGAUGCUCUCUCCCGGCAGGGUUUCUCCCAUCGACUCCGAUGCAACCUUCUCCGUCUCCGCCGCUGUGACCUUGGAAUCUGAUCAGGGUUCCGUCGAUCCGCCGCCCGAAAGCAAGACUCCCCUUCUCCCUGCUCGUUUAUCUGCAUCUUCUACCGCGGCAGAGCUCGCGAACGCCCGACCCGGCUCUGAAGAUCUGACGCUUACUUUGAAGGGAAAGAAUGGGAAGAGCUUGGUGUUGAAACUGGACGCGGAGGUGUUGUGCCAGAGCAGCAAGUUCUUUGCGGCCAUGGUCUUGGAUGAUCGUCGAAAGGCGUCGGGCACCUCUCAGGGGUCCCGAAAGAUAGAAAUCGCCGAGAUCGAGGAUCUAUCAGUGUUCAAGGACACAGUCGAGCUGAUGUACGAGAAGGAUGCGAUCAAGGCCCUCCUGAAGGCCGGCGUUUCUCGCUCCAUUGAUAUACUCGAGGUGAGCACCUUCUCCCUGUUUGUGGAUAUGCGGCGUCCAUGAUUUCUAUUUCAUCGCGUUUGGGGAUACGCUUGCCUUCCUGCAAGAAGAAAUUAAGAAACGCAGUGAUGCUCGAAGUUUUGAUAUAAUUUUAUUUGGGCUCAGAUUACCCUAAGAUAGUUCAGGCGUGGGCCAUUCUCUCCCUUGUUCUCUAGUCCAUUUUUUAUCAUGAUUCUUCAAAACGAGGGCCAUAAAUCACUGCCAGGUCUUCGGGGUUCGAACUCCCCCACUCGAAAAGCAUCCAGCAGCUCGUUCUAUUUCUGUUUCUCAUAGAAAUUAAUUGAUUCCGCUCUGUCGCCGUCCUCCUACCCACGAUGCCAGAUGCUCGCAUAAGAGAUUGUUGGCUGAAAGGCACCAUUCGGAAGAACAUGCUUAAUCUUCCCGAACUCUUGGAAGGCCACGAUACCAGAUGCUUAAGUACACUCGCUGACUUUUGGUUGAAUGUAUUUUAUUCUUGGAUGGCGAUACAGAGGACCUUUUGCAAGCUGUUCCUUUUCUUGUUGUUCUUCUUCAUUUUUCGUUCUCGGUUCAUAUUUAUUUACUUCUUGCUAGAAAAGACAUCCUUGAAUCCCCCAAAUGCAUUUAUUUUUCUCUACGAACAUUUAGCCCUUUAAUCUGAGGCUUGGGUUCUGGUGCGAUCUCCAGGUAUCAUCCUCCAUCAUGUUCAACAGAGGUGUGGCAUCGUGCUUGAGGUAUCUCGAGGCUGCUCCCUGGAGCGAGGACGAGGAGCAGAAGCUCAAGGGCCUGUUCUGGAGGCGGUCCUUCGAUGACCCGAUAGUUCACGAUGUUCUUGGCAGGCUCUACGGCCAGGUUCCGGGGGAGACCCAAGAUCUGGCCAUGAGACUCGUACGAUCCGUCAUAGACGGGAGGAACGGGAGAGCAAGGAAGGAGUUGCAGACGCUGGUCAGCUGCCUCAUCUCCAGGAGCUCCUCCGUCUACCAGAAGAAGCCCGCCGGGCUCCGCAAGGAAGCCCUCUACGGAACCUGCAGCUCCUGCUUCGCCUCCCUGAAGCAGAUCCUUCGAGAAGCCGGCGACACCCUCCGCACUGCGGCCGCCGCCGCUCCGCCACGUCCGCCGGCGAUCGAACGUGUCUCCGGCGAAGUCGACAGCCUCACCUGGCUCCUGGACAUCCUCAUCGAGCAGCAGAUGGCGGAGGACUUCGUGAAGCUCUGGGCGGAGCAGGACGAGCUGAUAAGACUGCACGGCGCCGCCUCCCCGAUGGUGAGGUACGAGAUCAGCAGGGUCUCUGCCGCCGUCUUCACCGCCAUGGGAACCGCCAAGCUGCAGUGCACCGGCGAGGUGAGGGAAGCCGUUAUCGUCGCCUGGUUCGGCCCGUUUCUGGCGGACUUCGCCUGGCUGCGGCGCCGCCGCCCGAAGGGGCUCGACCUCCGGGAAGUGGAGGAGGCGACGGGGCAGGCGAUCCUCACCCUCUCCCUGCCGCAGCAGCAGGCAAUCUUCUUGGAUUGGUUCGCCCGCUUCUCCGACCACGGCCACGACUGCCCGAACCUCAGCAGGACCUUCGAGGUCUGGUGGCGGAGGUCGUACCAGGCGGCGGCGGCGGCGUCGCCCCGCUGCCGUCUUCUACCUCCUCCGGUGGUGGUGUCAUCGCCGCCGGAGGAGGCGGCCUCCCAUCGCCGGCUGCUCGUGGGUAGUACCACCGUGCAUCUAGAUUAUCGGUCGUCCUUUCGUUUCGGGUAA